AUGCUGCCUACAAGUUCUGGCCACCGGUGGAGAAGCAGGUUCCUCAUGAGGUGGCAAGAGGCUUGUCUGCUUGGUUGUUGGCUAUCGCUAUGUGCUGCUGAGUCCUUCUUUGCUUGUCCUUCCUCCUGCAAGUGUAACAGUGGCAGCCUGGAAGUGGACUGUAGUGGCUUGGGCCUCUCUUCCAUCCCCUCAGACAUCCCCACAAACACCAGGACCUUCCUCUUUCUCAACAACAAACUCAGCAUCUUGCCAGGAGCAGUGUUUUCCAACCUCUCUGCCCUACAGAGGCUGGAUCUAUCCAACAAUUUCUUGGACCAGCUCCCUCAGAAUAUCUUCAGCGACCUGGGGAACCUCACAGAGCUCCAGCUGCGGAACAACAGCAUCCGGGCCCUGGACAAGGACCUGCUACAGCACACGGCCCUGCUGCGCCAGCUGGAUCUCUCCAUCAAUGGCCUGGCCCAGAUACCCUCGGGCAUCUUCGACGACCUGCCUGCUCUCCGCUCCCUCUCGCUCAAGUCCAAUCGCCUGCAGAGCCUGGACAGGGUGACCUUUGAACCACUAACCAGCCUACAGCAACUCCAGGUGGGGGAUAACCCCUGGGAGUGUGACUGCAACCUGCGAGACUUCAAGCACUGGAUGGAAUGGUUCUCCUACAGAGGUGGAAAAAUCGACCAGCUGGCAUGUACCCUGCCCAAGGAGCUGAAAGGGAAAGACAUGAGAAUGGUGCCCAUGGAGAUGUUUAACUACUGCUCCCAGCUGGAUGACGAGAACAGCUCUACAGUGCUGGACAAUACUGGCCCACCCUGCACUAAAGGAAGCCCAGCUCCUACCAAAUCGAAGUCUGGCUCAGAAGCAGAGGUGGAGCCCAGCGUGGGGUGCCCUCAGAAGCAGCGGUACAGGCCGGUGAGCGUGCGCCGGGCCAUCGGCACUGUGAUCAUUGCAGGGGUGGUCUGUGGCAUUGUGUGCAUCAUGAUGGUGGUGGCAGCUGCUUAUGGCUGCAUCUAUGCCUCCCUCAUGGCCAAGUACCACCGGGAGCUGAAGAAGAGGCAGCCGCUCAUGGGUGAUACAGAAGGCGAACACGAAGAGCAAAAACAAAUCUCUUCCGUGGCAUGA